AUGAAGGAUAAUCCAUCAACAUUCCCAUCGGACACAGAGUACGACGAUGAUCAUCCGCAAGACACUCAGAGGAAUAGGAAUAUCACUGCGCAUCCAACCAGUGACCUCUCAACAUGGUAUCCAGCUCAAUAUACCACACCUCAUAUAGGCCAGAAUAAUCCUACUCAUUGGUCGCUCGUUCCGCAUGGAACACAAAGCGUUUCUCCUUAUGCUGCACGGAAUGUAGAUGCUGUACCAUCGUACGCAACUGCUUACUACACAGGUGGUGAUCACCAAAAUUGGAACUCUGAUAUCAUUUCGGACGUACGUCACCCUAUUGAAUAUGCUACCCCUCACGUCCAGCCGAAAUUCCUUCCAUGGAACCCCUCUCCACCGAUUUCAGUCGAGAGUACAGGCCGUCCAGAGGUUAGCAACUCCGAAUGCAAGGCUGGGAUUCAAUCGACUGUUCCGGACGAUACUACGGCAACAUCAUCCAACCCUCGUGUUGAUACCGACCCAUAUGAUUUUGAUCAACUAGGUAAGCAGCUUUACGAAGAGUUCGGCAAUGAGUCUGCAAAAGUCAUUUUGCCGGCUCCUGAAUGGGCUACCAGUCCCGUCACGGGAUUGCCUACAAGGACUCUCCCACCCGAUACGACUGUAGUCAUAGGCACGAUCUGUACCUAUGAUAAAGAGCGGAACUCAUACGACAUGCAUCUCAGAAACACUCUCCGUUGGAUCGCUAAACAUAGGCCUGGUCUCAAGAACACUUUAGCACACGGAUUCACGAUAAUAGACACUCAGACGACAUCUGACAGACGACGGGAAUCAAAAUCUCUGAACAAGACCUUGGACAGAAUCUUGGACCGUUCCCUGCUCUGGUCAAUAGACCAUUUUUUGGCGGUUCAAGAACGCGAUAGUGAGAGUAGAAAGCUGUUGUGGGAUGCUGAGGAUUUUAAUCAAGCGCUUUCAGAGGAAACUCUUGAAAAAGCUGCUACAUCUAUCCUGAAACCUUGGAUUGAAUUCAAGGUUGGUAACGAGCAGUUGAUUAUGAAGAACAGGGAACCGGAUAGGCUGUCCAAGCGCCCCGAAUCAUCAACUGAGUUUGAAGACAACACACAGACAAGGAGCAACAAGCGGGUAAGACUUAGAUCGAAGGGAUGA